AUGGCUAGCCCUACAGUCCUCUCGUUCGAUACUGAGGGCCGCCCGAUUAAGUUUGAGACCUGGCUCGAUGAUCUGCACCUGUUCCUCCAGCUAACUGCCAAAGAUGAUAUCUCGCUGUACGAUCACGCACUAGGCACAGUCCCUGCUCCUGCUACUACUGCUACCGCUACUGCUCGCUCGCAGUGGCAGACUCGCGAUGCCCACGCCCGCUUUGCCAUUCGCAACUCCCUGCCAGUCGAUGAGCGUGAGCACUUUGGCCAGCAUCAGACUGCGCAGGCCCUGUACACUGCUGUAGUUGCGCGCUACUCCUCCCCGGCCUCAGCUGCACUAGGCCGUCUCUCCCUUCCCUACUUGUUCCCAGACCUGUCCGCUUUCCAGACAGUCGCUGACCUCAUCACUCACCUCCGUACUAGUGAUGCCCGCUUCCGUGCAGCCAUGCCCGCUGAGUUUCUUGCCUCCAACCCUCCCCCGCUCUGGCUCACUCUCUACCACCUAGUCACCCGCCUCCCUGACACUCUGCGUACAGUCAGGGACCACUUCCUAGCUCGCUGCCCCACUGAGCUCACCAUUGCCGCCCUAGAGAAGGAACUACUUGCAGCUGAGAAGAGUAUUGUAGCUGUAGGUGCCUCUCGUGGCGACCCCAGCACCCCUUUCUUCGAGGGGUGUUCCCCCUCUCCCCUCCUCCCCUCUGUCGCCUCUGCUGCUACUGUCGACCUUCUUGGUACUGAGCAGGUCGGCUCAGCGCCCGCUCCCAGCGGGCCCCGCAGCGGCAAGGGCAGGGGAGGCAAGGGCGGUGGGGGUGACGGCGGGGGAGGCGGUGGUGGGGGUGGUAGCAGCAGCGGGGGCGGUGGCGGGGCUGGAGGGGCUAGUGGCAGCGGUGGGGGUGGUGGAGGCAGCGGCGGCGGCGGUGGCCGGGGUGGGGGCGGUGGUGGUGGCGGCAGUGGACGUGGCGGCGGCAGGGGCGGUGGUGGUCGUGGUGGAGGCGGCGGUGGUGGUCGUGGAGGCUCUGGCACUGGCCAGAGUGCGCAGCACCCUCAGUCCUCCCAGGAGCUUCGUGAGUGGUACUUACAGCACGGGGGUGGGGGGGGUAGCCUUAGCUGCACGUACGUCAUCCGCACUGGUCGCCGCAAGGGACAGACGUGCGGGAGGGCGCACACUGCGCAGCGCUGCUUCUCUCGCCUAGACGACGCUUGGCGUGCUCAGUUUCCUGACGCUCCUGAGCUCCCUCAGUGGGCUGAUCUCCUCAAGAAGGAUAUCGAUAUCUAUGCUCUUGAUUUUGAUGUUAUUCUCAAAGCAAUGUAUGCAUUGACUAUUAGUGGAGAGGAGGACCAGUACCUGAGUGUUCCGCCUGACCCAGGCAUCCGCACGAGUGAGGCUGCCGCCCUAGGUGCUUGCGUGUCUGCUGCCCCAGGUGCUGGUGAGGCUACUGCUCUAGGUGCUUGUGUGUCCGCCACCCCAGGUACUACUGAGUCCACUGAGGCACUGCACACCUUCACUCUAGACUCAGGCGCUUCGCGCUGUUUCUUUCGUGACCGCACUACUCUUGAGCCCCUUGCUCGACCAGUCGCUGUCUCGCUCGCUGACCCCUCUGGGGGUCCGGUCAUUGCGACCUCCUCCACUGUCCUUCCCUGUCCUGCUGUCCCGUCGGGCACACUGUCAGGUCUCCACCUCCCCUCGUUCUCUACGAACUUGGUGGCGGGUUGUGCGCUUCAGGAUGGGGGUGUUCACCCCUGCCUACGAGCGAGUGACACACUGCACGUGUGCUCGGACGGGCCGUCACGUGGCUACCUUCACUCGGCAGCCGGGCUCGGACCUGGGCGGCAGCGCGCUGCCCCUCACUCCUCCUCGUUUCCCCCGACGACUGCUCCUUUGCAGACGCUCCACAUGGACGUGUGGGGCCCAGCCCGCGUCCGUGGUCAGGGCCAGGAGAGGUACUUCUUGAUCGUCGUUGACGACUACUCGCGCUACACCACGGUCUUCCCCUUGCGCACCAAGGGUGAAGUCCCUGAUGUCCUGAUCCCUUGGAUCAGCAGAGCACGUCUUCAGCUGCGAGAGCGUUUUCGCUCGGAGUUUCCUGUCCUGCGCUUGCAGUCUGACAGGGGUGGCGAGUUCUCCUCCGACCUCUUGGUAGCCUACUGUGCUGAGCACGGCAUUCGCCAGUCGUUCACGCUUCCGGCCUCUCCACAGCAGAAUGGGGUUGCUGAGCGCCGCAUUGGAUUGGUCAUGGAGGUCGCUCGUACCUCCUUAGUCCACGCGGCUGCCCCCCACUUUCUGUGGCCGUUUGCGGUCCGGUACGCUGCGCAUCAGCUCAACCUCUGGCCCCGUGUCUCCGCUCCGGAGACCUCGCCCACACUGCUGUGGACGGGGGAGGUUGGCGAUGCGUCACGCUUCCGUGUCUGGGGAUCCCGAGCUUUUGUUCGCGACACGUCUACGGACAAGCUCUCCUCCCGCACUGCUCCCUUUGUCUUCCUUGGCUUUGUCCUGGAUGCGUCUGGCUGGCAGUUUUACCACCCCGCCUCGCACCGCGUCUUCCCCUCUCAGGACGUCACUUUUGACGAGUCCGUGCCCUUCUACCGCCUCUUCCCCUACCGCACUGCCCCACUCCCUCCCCCACCUCUCUUCCUCACGCCAGGUGCUGCAGUGGUAGACCCCCUCCCCCCUCAGGGUGCCGCUCCCUCAGGUGUCUCUCAGGUAGACCCGGUUGAGCCUGCCGAGGUAGCUGUCGACUCGCGUCCUACUAGAGGUGCUGAGCCUGAGCGUGCGGAGCCUGAGCGUGCGGAACCUGAGCGGGCGGAGCCUGCGGGUGCUGAGUCUGGGGGUGCUGAGUCUGGGGGUGCUGAGCCUGGGGGUGCUGGGUCUGAGGGUACUGAGCCUGGCGUUGCUGAGUCUGGGGGUGCUGAGCCUGGUGGUGUUGCAGUUGACUGCGAGGCGCCUGGAGGACCUCCCUCUUCGCAGCAGCUACGUGAGUGGUACUCACGGUACUGCAGCCUCCGGCGGGGUGCGUCUCGGGCUCGUGGUGCUACUGGAGUUGGUACUCGUGUUUCCCCACCACGGCGGGAGCCACCCUCUUCCCCACAGCUUCGAGAGUGGUACGCUCGGCACAUCAGUCUCCGGAGUGGAGCUGCUGGUGCUGGGGUCCCUGGAGUUGACGCUGCUGCGGGUGCUGCGGACCCUGGUGCUGGAGGUGCUGCUGCUGCUGGCGGUGCUGCUGGAGGUGCUGCUCGUACUGAGGACCCGGGCGUUGGAGCUGCUGCGGGUACUGCGGACCCUGGUGCUGGAGGUGGUGCUGCUGCUGGAGGUGCUGCUGCUGGAGGUGGUGCUGCUGCUGGAGGUGCUGCUGCUGGAGGUGCUGCUGGUGCUACUGGAGGUGCUGCUGCUGCUGCUGGAGUGGAGGACCCAGAGGGUGGAGCUUCUGCUGGUGCUGAGGACCCUGCCGCUGGAGCUUCUGCUGGUUCGAGAGUUGCUGCACGGCCACGGCCGUACUUCGUUCCGCUCCUUCAGCAGGUUCUUAGUCAGUGUCCUCCUCUCGCCUUAGAGUGUCCUCCGUCUGUCCAGUCACAGCCACAGUUACCGCCUGCCUCCCCACUCCCUGUGCCUACUCCGUACACUGGUCCGACUGGAGGUCUAGCUGAGAGACGUGAGCCUGCUUCACGUCCUGUGUCACGUGAGUCUCGUCGAGCGUCGCCUGUUCGUGCUGCUACCACUGCUAGUCGUGUCCAGCGUCAGCGUCCUCCUGCUGUCCCAGGCACUCACCAGAUGGCGCUUCGUCAGUCCACUGCUCUGCAGCGUGUCGCUCUCCCGUCGCCUCCUGCGUCCUCUCUUCCUGCGCUUGCUGACCCGGAGUCAGACACCCUUCGCGCUGCCAGUCCUACUGUCACCCGUCUCCUCGCUACGGUUGUCACUGACCCUUCCUUUGAGUCCGCUGCUGCGUCUGCCUUAGUCACUGAGCUUGUCGACUUUGCAGUUGCGUGUCGUCUAGACCUCGCUGCGAGUCUUGUUGCUGAGUCUGAGUCUGUCUGUCCUCCGUCCGUCGGGGGUGAGUGUGCUCUUGGCACGGACGUUCUUGAGGACAGGCAGGAGGAGGUUGGUUGCCUUGCCGCUGCUUUGCCCCAUCUCGUGUCCAUGCUUGUUGCCCCUCAGGGAGACCCGGAUGCACCAGACAUCCCGACCCCACGCUCUUACGCAGAGGCGAUGGCCGGUCCCUACUCCUCUCAGUGGCAGUCAGCCAUGGACACAGAGAUGGCUUCCUGGAAGUCCACUGGCACCUACGUCGACGAGGUUCCCCCACCUGGGGCGAACAUCGUCAGUGGCAUGUGGAUUUUCAGGGUGAAGCGGCCGCCGGGCUCUCCGCCUGUCUUCAAGGCGUGUUACGUUGCACGAGGCUUCAGUCAGCGAGAGGGAGUUGACUUCUUCCAGACCUUCUCCCCGACCCCGAAGAUGACCACUCUUCGGGUUCUGCUACACGUCGCCGCUCAGCGUGACUACGAGCUCCACUCUCUUGACUUCAGCACAGCUUUCUUGCAGGGCAGCCUGCACGAGGAGAUCUGGCUGCGCCGCCCACCUGGCUUCACUGGGUCGUUCCCUCCUGGUACCCAGUGGAGCCUCCGGCGGCCAGUCUACGGUCUCCGCCAGGCGCCACGUGAGUGGCACGACACACUGAGGACUACACUUGCGGCUCUUGGGUUCGCUCCUUCUACUGCUGACCCGUCGCUGUUUCUACGCACCGACCCCUCGCUGCCGCCGUUCUACAUCCUCGUGUACGUCGACGACUUGGUCUUUGCCACUUCUGACACAGAUGGUCUCGCUUACGUGAAGUCCGAGCUGCAGAACAGACACACGUGCACAGACCUGGGUGAACUGACAAGCUAUCUUGGCUUGCGGAUCACCCGGGACAGAGCACGGCGCACCAUCACCUUGUCUCAGUCACACAUGGUGCAGCAGGUCCUUCAGCGCUUCGGCUUCACGUACUCCUCGCCUCAGUCCACUCCUCUGCCUACGGGACACUCGCUCUCAGCUCUGCCUUCGGAUGAGUCCGUAGAGCCGAGUGGUCCGUAUCCAGAGCUUGUGGGCUGCCUCAUGUACCUGAUGACUUGCACUCGACCUGACCUUGCAUACCCUCUCAGCAUCUUAGCACGCUAUGUUGCUCCCGGCCGUCACCGGAAGGAGCACAUGGAUGCAGCUAAGAGGGUGUUGCGCUACUUGUGCAGUACGUCGGGCAUGGGGCUAGUGCUUGGAGGGCGAGACCGACCUGUUCUCACUGGGCACUCAGACGCUUCUUGGGCAGACGACCAGGCUACUCAGCGGUCGUCCCAGGGUUACACCUUCAGCCUUGGCUCUGGCUCUGUCUCUUGGCGUUCUACUCGCUCUUCUUCUGUUCUCAGCUCCAGCUGUGAGGCUGAGAUCUACGCCACGGCCAUAGCUGCCCAGGAGCUUCGCUGGCUCACCUACCUGCUGACUGACCUUGGAGAGCAGCCUCGUUCUCCUCCAGUGCUGUACGUCGACAACAAGGCCACCAUUGCCUUGUGUGGGGAGCACAGACUGGAGCACAGGACGAAGCACAUUGCUCUGCGCUACUUUCUUGCUCGAGAGCUGCAGCAGCGAGGUCAGCUUUGUCUGCGUUACGUGGCCACUCGGGCCAACACUGCUGACGUGUUCACCAAGGCGCUUCAGCCUUGUGACCAUCAGCGCUUGUGUACUGUUCUAGGCCUCGUGCCUACUGUCCCUCAUUUGCUCACUUCUUGA